UUACCAAUUGCGCCCAACAUAUUGCGUUAUCCGGAUGUAGGCAAGGCCACAUCGAUCACACACGCUACAAAUGCGUGACGGCCAUCAUAGCUAGGAAACCAACUGCAAGGAAACCAUUUCUCUAAAUAUGGUUACACUUACAACUACAUCCUGUUCGCAAUGCAAUGAGUGAUGGUUUUGAUAAUGUGGCCUUUCAACGGGAAUGGUCUGCUUCAAUUCAAUGUAUGAUCAUCCACGAAAGGUGCAGGCCAUGUGGGCUGAGCAGCAAUAAGCCAACAGAACUGAAGAACCAACCCCAAGGCCUUCCACUAGGACCUGUUUAUCGCUUGCACUACCCAUCUCCACAUGUGUAGUCGGAAAGAUGGUGGAUUCAUCAGCCAGGUUCUGUUGUAAGUUUUCGUGUGGAUUCAACCUGUAACAGCUACUUGGGAGAACAUCAAGUUGAGACUGGCCACAUUCAUUCUGCUGUUGACAACUGUGCUGGGCAGAUCAUUGUUGUUCACUGUGUUGGAUGUCGAAAUUGUUCAGGUUCUGCGCAAGAUGGCCCAGGAACAUGUGUAUAAAGUGUUGUUCUUUCUGCAAUCGGCAGCUUUCAUUGCCUUCGUUAUAAAUUAUUCGCAGAAGUCUGAUGUUGUUUUUGCCCCGGUCAGACAAUCCCCUCCGGUCAGACAAUCCCCUCCUGCUACCACUGCGCCUCGUGAGUGCAAAUGCAUUGAAGCUACCAUCAGGACCGCUUUUGAUGCUGCGGCUGUUUGCAAGGACGUCCUCGAGUCCAGGGGGAAGAUUUCCAACUGCACCCUGGCCGACAUCAAUAGGAGACCUGGGGUGGUGUUGCUUACCACUACAAACCUCGCCUUCCUGGAUGUUACCCUGAACAUGCUGGAGAGCAUCAAGAGAACGGGUGUGUGCGUCAACACCACUGUCAUUGCUGAGGACAAGAAGGUCUUUGAGCAGUUGCGGAUGAGACUGGAUGGUGAUCUGGCAUACCGUGUCCUCUUGACUAAUUCAGGUGAGAUGGACGUCAUAGAACACCCACGAUCUCAUGGCAGCCAGUACUAUGGUCUGAUGAACAAACGCCAGGCCUAUAUCCUGGCUUUGCUACAGGAGGGUUACGAGGUGCUGUUUUCAGAUGCCGACACUUUUUGGUUCCGGGACCCCUUUCCCUUUUUCGAGGGAGACUUUGACAUCUCCUUGAUAGACUCUGUCAACCCGUUUGGAGUUAGAUCUGGGAAAUCCAAUUUCUGUGCUGGCUUCGUGUACUUUAAGCCGACCAACGCGAGUCUUCAAUUUGUCAAGGCCUGGGUGGAUGCACUUGACAGUAACAAAAAGAAAGGCAGGUAUACACCGGAUCAGAACGUUAUGAAUGGGCUUCUCAAAAGCGACAAACCCGUGUAUGUUAAGAUCAAACCCCUGGACACGAACAUCUUCCCGUAUGGACCCAAAUUUUAUGACCUGCUUGCGAAAAAGGCGAACUAUUCAACUGUUGUAAUGCACGCCGCCAGUAUCCGUGGACAUGAGGCCAAAGUUACGAAGUUCAAGAGUUCAGACAUGUGGUUGGUAAACAAGACGACAAAUGAGAUGCUAGCAGAAAGCACGUGACUUCUCUGAGAGUCGGUUGGUGUAUCCGGUUCGUAAGUGACUGCGUCAUCGCGCACGCACCGCUGAUUACUAGCGCCACUUUGCACUACUUCCGGUUCUAAUGGUUGCAAUGAUUUUCAAUGCUACUCCGUGUGUAGUGGGCGUGGUUUCAGUUAAAAAGAUGUAGCGUUUACGAACCGGAUACAUGUAAAAGGCCAGUUAAUACUCGGCGCCAAUGCUUGUGCACAUUUUGGACGUCACAAGUAUGCGCUUAUUCGAAAUACCUCCUCCCUAGUGAUGUUGAACGCAAAACUUUAACUUUCGUUAAAGGUAGAGUUUAUUAUUUGCUGCCCUCCAAAUAACUUUAUUUUUAAGAAGCAUACUUGGUUUUUAGUACUGGCUCUAAACCCCAUGUGAAAUUAUUCUU